AUGGCCAGUCAAUUAUCACCUCCACCGGGAGGCAAGACGGUGCUGCUAUUCGGCUGCCAGACGGUGCAGUUUGACGCCAACGACUUCCGACAGCUGCGGCGCGUCAUUCUGGACACGCCCGACAACCACUGGGUGCUGGACGUGCUGGCGGAACUGCCCGUCUACUGGCGCACCGCCGCCACCAAGUACCUGCCGAAGCUGCAGGCGCUGCCGGGUGAGCAGCAGCUACGCGAGCUGAACCAGUGGAUCCGCACCGGCAAAGUCGCCGACCGCCACUUCCCGCUGCCCUACCUCCAGCAUGCCCCGCUGCUGAUGAUCACCCACCUGCUGCAGUUCGCCCGCUACCUGCAGCUGACGCAUCCAGACUACGCCGCGCACGGCAUCGUGGACGCCGAGACGAGCCCCGUCGUGGAAAUUGUGGGGUUCUCGUUCGGCUUUCUCAGCGCCGCAGUCGCUUCGACCGUCACGAACCGGAGCCAGUUGCGCGAGUAUGGGGCCGUGGGGAUUCGACUGGCGACCCUGCUGGGCGCGCUGGGCGAUGAACAGGAGAGCCGCGAGAAGUAUACCUCGCUGUCGACGGUGUGGAAGAGACCGGAAUUGGAGGAGGAGCUAGCUCAUGUGCUGGAGCAGCAUUCCGAGGCGUAUAUUACAGUUCGAUAUGACACAAAUCGCGCGACUAUCAUGACGCCGCGGAAAGGGCUGGGCCGGCUGCAGCAAGCGCUUCAAACGGCCGGAUUCUCUGCAUACCACAUCAACUUCAACGGGCGCUAUCAUUGGCCGGCGCAUCAGAAACUAUUGCAUAUGCUUGAGCAGAUGUGUGAGGCGGAUCCCGCGUUGCAGCUGCCAGAUGCAUCGCAGUUGCCACGGCACACAUGGACCAACAUCACCAAUGAGCCCAUCGAUGAGGGUCCACUGCACCAGGUGGUUCUGCGCUCUAUCCUGGCACAGCAGUGUCAAUGGGGUCCCACGUUUGCGGCUGUGCAUCGGGCCCAACUGGAGAACACGCAGUCGAUCGUGGUGGAGUUUGGCUCUGAGCGCUGCGUUCCCCCGACAUUCAUGCGCACGCUCGGCAGCCGCGUGGUGCACUAUAUGGACUUGAACCUGGACUUCCAGUCGCGGGUCUCGCCACAUCAGUCGACCCCGACGAUAUAUGAUGACGACAUUGCUGUGGUGGGCAUGGCCUGCCGGGUGGCUGGUGCCGAUGAUCUCGAGGAGUUCUGGAAGCUCUUGUGCGCAGGCGAAUCGCAGCACCGGGAGCUGCCGCCGGAACGAUACAAAGACUAUGAGACCCCGUGGAGGCCAGGCGCGAUUCGCCCCUGGUGGGGCAACUUUGUCAACGACAUCGAUGCCUUCGACCACAAAUUCUUCAAGAGGGUGCCGAGAGAGGUCAUGUCCCAGGAUCCACAGCAACGGUUGUUUCUGCAGAUCGCAUACCAGGCUCUUCAGCAGGCGGGCUACUUCCACAAGAAGGAUGCCACCAAGGACAUCGGGUGCUAUGUCACCUGUUGUACCGUGGACUAUGAGCAUAACGUUAAUUGCCAUCCGGCCACGGCCUAUGCUGCCACGGGUUUGCUGCGAAGCUUCAUGGCUGGUAAGGUGAGCCAUUACUUCGGAUGGCGCGGGCCGGCGCUGUGUAUUGACACCGCAUGUUCGGGCUCCGCCGUUGCGCUGCAUCACGCUCGCAGGGCCAUCCUCAAUGGUGACUGCAAAGCUGCGCUGGUUGGGGGCGCCAAUGCGCUCACGAGUCCACUGGCAUUUGAUAAUUUGAAUGGAGCAUCGUUUGUCUCCCCCACCGGACCAUGCAAGGCGUUCGACGCAAAGGCCGAUGGCUAUUGCCGCGGCGAGGGCUUUGCAGCGAUCUUCAUCAAGAAGAUGUCCGACGCGUUGGCUGAUGGUGACACAAUCCUGGGCACCAUCGCCGGCACCGCGGUGGAGCAGAAUGACAACUGCACCCCGGUGGUGGUCCCUCAUGCGCCGUCGUUGGCCGGCUUGUUCGACAAGGUCAUUCGUCAGGCCCACAUCCGCCCGCAUGAAAUAUCGGUUGUCGAGGCUCAUGGCACCGGAACACAAGCGGGUGACCCGGCCGAAUAUAGCAGCGUGAGACAGGUAAUGGGUGGACCACAACGAGCAGCCCCGCUGACGCUGGGGUCAGUCAAAGGGCUGGUCGGACAUACGGAAGGUGUCUCUGGCAUGGUAGCACUGGUCAAGAUCGAGAUCACCACCCGGUUAAAGCCAUGGCAAGCGGAUUUCCGCGCAGCACUAAUCAAUAAUUACGGUGCCUGUGGAUCGAACGCCUCCGUAGUAGUCACUCAGCCACCUGGCUUUCGGACCGGGAGCGGUGCCUCUGCUAUUCAUGCCCCCGGCAUCUCCCUUCCCUUCAGAUUCUGUGGUUUAGACGAGCACCGUCUGCGUGAUUAUGCACGAAAGUUCUACAGUCUCUUGCAGCAUCAGGCCGUUUCUGCAAGCCAUCUAGCGUCUCUGGCUAAUGUCUCGUUCAAUGUUGCUCGCCAAUGCAGCCCAACUCUCGACAGGCACCUGAUAUUCAGCUGCAGUUCACUGGUAGAGCUUGAGUCUAGAUUGCUUUCCGUCGUUAAUGGGGACGAAAGCCGAGUUGUUCGCAUGGCCAAGUCCACCCGCCCCGUGAUUCUAUGUUUUGGGGGGCAGGUGUCAACUUCGGUCGGUUUGGAUCGCACCGUUUACGACACCAUGCACGUUCUGCGCAAUCAUCUCGAUGACUGCAGCAGGAUACUAGAGUCGCUCGGGUAUGACAGUCUCUACCCUAGUAUCUUUGAGUCCACCCCAAUCGCCGAUCAAGUCAAGAUACAGACACAGCUGUUUGCUUUGCAGUAUGCCAGCGCUCGCUCCUGGAUAGACUGUGGCCUUACAGUAGCGGCCGUCGUUGGCCAUAGCUUUGGAGAGUUAACUGCCCUCUGUGUAUCCGGGGCACUGUGCCUUGAAGAUGCGCUAGUCCUAGUCGCUAGACGGGCGACUUUGAUUCGGGACAGUUGGGGACCAGACCCUGGGGCCAUGGUUGCUGUAGCGGGCGAGCUGCACGAAGUUGAACAUCUGCUAGCCGAAGCCACAAAAUCUGUCUCGACUGGAACAUCCUCCGCCAGCAUCGCCUGUUUCAACGGCCCACGUAGCUAUACGUUAGCUGGAGCAACAGAAGCGAUGAACGCAGUGCGUGUUAUGCUUUCCACACAGCCAGCAUUCUCUCGUCUCAAACACAAAAGUUUGGACGUCACCAAUGCAUUCCACUCGUCAUUGGUCGAUUCCCUCGUUCCAGACUUGAAGAGGAUAACUGACGGAUUGAUGUUCCGCGAGCCGCAUUUGCACCUGGAGCGGGCCACGGAAGAGCCAUGCACUGGUGUCCCCUCUCCGACCAUUGGAGCUGAGCAUCUCAGAAAGCCGGUGUACUUCAGUCAGGCUGUCAACCGCCUAGCAGAGAGGUACAAGUCGUGCAUAUGGCUCGAGGCCGGUUCCAACUCAACCAUCACUUUGAUGGCCAGUCGCGCGUUGGCAACAAGUGCUGCCUCAAACCAUCAAUUUCAAUCCGUCAACAUCACAAGCAAGACAGGGGUCCAGAGUCUGACCGACAACACAAUCGCUCUCUGGAAGGAGGGAAUUUCUGUCUCCUACUGGGCACAUCAUUCGUCGCAGACGCCCGAGUAUGACUUCGUCUUUCUCCCACCCUAUCAAUUUGAGAAGAGUCGACAUUGGAUGGACAAUAAGCUGUUACCCGCAAGUAGCCCCAUCAAAGCGAGUGAAGUACAAGAGGAGCAGCCGAAGCCGAAAAUUCAUUUCCUAGGAUAUCAAGGCUCAGCAAAGAUGGUCGCCAAGUUCUCCAUCGAUACUACGCACCCCAGCUACCGUGAAGCUGUGUCGGGCCACAUAGGUGCACAAACAGCGCCUCUCGCCCCAGCUUCAUUCAUGCUCGAUACUGUGGUUGAGGCACUGAGAAGCUUACCAGAAGGUAAAAACAGAGUACCGCAAGUAAAGAAUGUCACCAGUGAUGCGCCGCUGGGGCUGGACGAGAGACAAAAUGUGUACAUCACACUCACCGCUCAGAGCACGGACAAGACAUUCUGGGACAUGGAAUUCACCAGCGAAAAUCCCGAAAAGAGUGCACAGUCACGGGUAGUCCAUUGUGCUGGUCGGAUCAAGAUGUUCAAGGCAAAUGAUCCCGCGCUCCAGGGCGAAUUCUCCCGAUACAGUCGCUUGGUCAGUCACCGUCGAUGCCGUGAACUUCUCGACAGCUCCGACGUAGAUGAUAUCCUGCAAGGUCGCAAUGUGUACCGCGCCUUUUCCGAGGUUGUGGACUACGCUGAGCCCUACCGUGGCGUCCAUAAGUUGGUCGGCAAGGGCAAUCAGUCAGCCGGUCGAGUGGUGAAGAAGUAUUCCGGUCAGACCUGGGCGGACACGUUUCUGUGUGACUCAUUCAGCCAAGUCGGAGGUUUCUGGAUUAACUGUAUGACCGAUCGGCCAUCGUCCCAGAUUUACAUCGCCAGUGGCAUGGAGCAGUGGAUGCGUACACCUUUGUAUGCUGACCCGAGCACGCCACGUCCUGAGACUUGGGAUGUGCUAGCAACACAUGAACGAGGAGAUGGCUUCUACACCACGGAUAUCUUUGUCUUUGACCCGGAAAAAGGCCAACUGGUAGAAACGUUCAUUGGGAUGAAAUACUCAUGUGUGCCAAAGGCAGUCUUCUGUAAGAUUCUCAGCAAGCUGGGGUCGAGUGCCAUUCCUCAACAGACUCAUCAGGCUGCAGUUGUGACAAAAGCAGCCUCGCCGCCAAAAGCGACAGCUAGUGAUCCAGUCUCCAAAGCAAAGAAGGCAAAGGCACAGGCUUCCGACCUGGUCGUACGCAUCAAGGACGUGGUUGCCGAUUUUUGUGCUGUCGAUCCCAGCGAAAUUCACGAUGACGGCAAUAUGGCUGAUGCUGGCGUUGAUUCUUUGAUGUCAAUGGAGUUGGCACGCGAGAUGGAGGAAGUGUUCAAGUGUACGUUGCCAGCAACCGAACUGAUGGAGGCGGAGACGUUCCGUGACCUCGUCCGUGCGGUACACAAAGCUAUGGGAAUCGACACACUUGAUGAGGCAGAAAAUAUAGAUGAAACCAGCGAGAGUGGCACUACCUCUUAUACCGAGUGUGAAACAGAGUCGGAUGGGGCAGUUGACGCUGGUACCACCGAGUCUGUGACUAGCAUGAGCACUGACACGCCCGAGCUACAUCUGCCGCACGACAUAAUCUUAGACGCAUUCGCUGAAACCAAAGCCUUGACAGAUCAGUUUCUCUCGGAGAACAACUGCAGCGGGCGCGUGCUUAGCUUCAACCCAGUCCAGAUGCAACUUUGCGUGACGAUGACUCUGGAGGCAUUCGAGGAGCUGGGUUCAUUCAUUCGAAGUGCGCAACCAGGUCAGCGGCUCGAGAGGAUCAAAUUUGAUGCCCAGCACGAGGAGUUGGUGGAAUACCUCUAUUCCCGGUUGGAGGAAGCUCGCCUGGUAGAGUUGGAUGAAGGAACGGUGACUCGUACGAGCUUGGAGUGGACCAGGAUGUCUAGCACUGCCAUUCUCGACGAAAUCAGUCGGACCUACCCUGAGUUCGUAGGUGCCAGCAAGCUUGCCUUUUAUACAGGAAGCAAACUGGCAUCGGUGUUACGCGGCGAACAAGAUGGUCUUCAACUGAUUUUCGGGACAAAAGAAGGACAGGAGCUUGUGUCAUGGAUGUACGGUGAUGAAUCGCACAACGUGAGUGGUUACAAGCAAAUGCUGGAUUUCAUUCAGCGGCUCGUACACAAGCUUGGGAGUCGUUCGGGAACAGGUCAGCUGAAGAUCCUCGAAAUGGGCGCUGGUACCGGAGGAGGUACAAAGUGGUUCCUUCCCGUGUUGGCCAAGUUUGGGGUUGCCGUCGAAUAUACCUUCACCGACAUCUCCCCUGCCUUCCUGGCGCAAGCCCGUCGGCGCUUCAAAGAAUAUCCCUUCGUGCAGUACCGUGUUCAUGACAUUGAGAAGCCUCCAGCAGACGACUUAGUUGGGACUCAGCAUAUCAUUAUCGCCAGUAAUGCUGUGCAUGCAACCUCGAAUCUGCAGGUGUCAACCGGAAAUAUGCGUCGGGCAUUACGACCCGACGGGGUGGUCUUGAUGCUCGAGAUGACUCGACCACAGUUCACAAUUGAUAUUGUGUUUGGGCUCUUCCGUGGCUGGUGGGUAUUCAAUGAUGGGCGAAACCAUGCUAUCACCAGCGAGAACCGCUGGGAAGCCGACCUCCAUGCCGUCGGUUACGGCCACGUGGACUGGACAGAUGGCCAUUCGGCUGAAGCGAGCGUCCAACGGGUGCUCUUUGCUACUUCUACCGGAGAGCAACGUGAACGGCUUCCGCUGGGGCCGAAUAUGUCUCAUGUGAGCUUCCUUGCGAGUGUUGACAAUGUUGCUCGAAAGCAGGCGACUGACAAGUAUAUCCGUCGCAGCAUUGAAGGCUUUACCGGACCGACAGUGACCCAUAGUCCAGUGACUGGACGGGUCGCUGUUUUGGUUACGGGGGCCACAGGCAGCUUGGGCUCUCACAUAGGUGCAUAUUUGGUGCAGCUGCAGGAGGUUAGUCGGGUCAUCUGCCUCAACCGACGGGGUAAGGAGGAUCCAUUUAAACGACAGAAGAAGGCUUUUUCAGAUCGAGGUCUUGGUUUGACCUCCAAAGACUUGGACAAAAUCACAGUGAUUGAAACAGAUACGCAAGACGUAAAGCUUGGGCUGUCAGACGAGCAGCAUCGAUUUGUACAGAAUACCGUCACACAUAUCAUCCACAACGCUUGGCCGAUGAACGGUGCCCGGGGCCUGUCCGGGUUUGACUCUCAAUUCCGAACCAUGCGGCACCUGGCCGAUCUAGCACGCGACAUCGCCUCUGUCCGACCUGCAAAGACCCGGGUUGGUUUUCAGUUCAUAUCUUCCAUUAGUACGGUCGGGCUUGCUCCUCUCGUGACGAGUAAGCCAGAAAUUCCGGAGGAUCAAAGCGUGAUUGACUGGGUGUUAGCCAAUGGAUACGGCGAAGCAAAGUUUGUCUGUGAGCAGAUUCUUCACCAGACCUUGCAGAGGUAUCCGGAUCGAUUCAAUACCAUGGUGGUACGACCUGGUCAAAUUGCAGGGUCAUCGCUCAGCGGAUACUGGAAUGCUGCGGAGCACUUCCCCGCCCUGCUGAAAUCGGCCCAAACACUCAGGGCAUUGCCUGAUUUUGGCGGGGUGUUGUCUUGGACGCCUGUCAACACUGUCGCAGCCACUUUAGGCGAGCUUCUUCUCGCCGAGAAGGCCCAUCCCGUCUAUCAUGUUGAUAAUGCGGCUCGUCAACCGUGGCGAGAGGUGACGCCCAUUCUUGCGCAGGAGCUGGGAAUUCCCCUUGGCAAUUUGCUUCCGUUCUCAGAGUGGAUUGAACGAGUUGAGGCCUUUGCUGGUCCACGAGAAGACAACCCGGCAGGUGUGAUGGCGGACUGGUUGGCGGCCAACUUUGAGCGCAUGUCUUGCGGGGGAUUGCUCUUGGCGACAACGCGUGCCCAGCGAGACGCGCCCACGCUGCGGAGCCUGGGGCCUGUUGAUCAGAGGACAGUGCGGGGAUACGUGCAGUACUGGCGUCGGACGGGUUUCUUGAUAUAG